GCGGCUGCGGCUUGAGACGAAGCACAUCCUUCGCAACUCCGAGGUCAAAUACUUCUUCGAGUUCUGCUUCCACCAGUGCUUCUACUGGUGCAUGCGCAGACUCGACUUCCUGGUGCCCUACCCGCUUAUCUGCGGCAACUGGGACGACCCACUGGACACGGGCAAGGAGUACAACACGAAGGUGAAGCUGGACACGGUCACCCUGGUCCUCACUUCGAAGGAGCCGAUCGAGGGCACGAUACCAGCGCCACCUUCACCGCCGCUACAGCCCGUCAAGAAGCUGAAGCGCUGGCACAAGACGCUCGGCACAGUGAGGCUGGAUCAGAGCAUCGGGAAGCAGGAGGAAAACGUGAAGAAGAAGAAGAACAACGGCCAGUCCUCGGCCAUCAAGAACUACAAGAAGAGGCUGAGGCACAAGAUGCUCAAGGCAUACCUGUACAGCCUCUCCGUCACGGCUCCCCAGGCGAGUGAAGAAGGAGUAGAGCCCACCAAGGUCGGCGAGGCUCCGUUGACGUUCACGCCGGGCGCAUCUUCGGCCUUACAGUUCGAGGAGUUUCAGCCCAGGCGUCCUACCAUCGUCAAGGCGUUUCGAGCCAUGACCGAUUGCAAAACAGCUGUUCCGUGCACGCUUGAGAAGGACUCCAACCAGCAGACCGACAAGCUCGACAACUCUGAGGGCACGCUGCCCAAGAUCUUCGACAUCUCUGAAGGCGCCUUGCCCAACACCUCCGAGGGCAACUUCGUGCCCGACUCCUCCGAGGGCCACUUCGAGCCCGACUCCCACUUCCUCGGCGCGCCGCUCCACUUCGACGGGCCCGAGCGUUACGACAUCGACCUCGGCGCGCCGCUCCCCUUCGACGGGCCCGAGCGCUACGACGUUUACCAGCAGAGCGUCGGCGGGGCCGUCGAGGGCAACUUCGGCGGCAACGGCGAGGGCUCCACCUGCGAGGGCUCCCCCGAGCUUGGCAUCGAGGAGGACGGCGACCACCUCGGCGGCGGCUCCCACGACGGCGGCUCGGAGUGCACGGGGGCCUCGCGCACGUGCACGGAGGUCGGGCUUCGUCCAGACAUCGUGAAGAAGAUCUGCAUGAUCUCCUUUGGCAUCGUCGGUCAAUUGGUUGAGGAAUUCAGCAGCGUGUGGAACGGCUUCCAGUUAUACUCGGACUUCCUAUUCGAGGCAUUCUG